GCGGGUGGGUUUGGGGGUGGGCGAUUUAGUGGUGUGCCCAGAAAGCCGGAGGAUCUCGUUCGUGAGAUCCUCGGUGACGGUGUUGAGGCCCGCCACGUUGAGCGGACCUUCGAGCCGGGGGAGAAAUUCGCUCUGAAGGUCGAUACGGGAGGUGGACUGGGCAGCAGAGUGUUCGGGCGCCGUGGCUCUCAGGUCGUUGAUGAGGAACACGCAGCAGAGGGGGCCGCCAUCGAAGCCGUUCCUCUGCACAGCGCAUUCCUUGAGCUGAGUGAUGCGCCAAUCUUCCGCUCCGCCCGGCUGCAGAUGUCCCAACAGGGCGGCGGCGACCGAGUCGUCGUACGCCUGCAGGGAGCAGUAGAUUGCCAGUCCUGGGGGAAGGGAGAUGGGAGUGAUGAGGUGGAGGGCGUGCUGGAGAUGGGAUGGUUAGUGGUGAAAGAGGAAAUUGACAAAGAGAUUCGAAAGAGCGUUGAAGAGGCCACGGCCGAGGCAUUGAAAGACGACCCGUGCCCCGCAGAUCUGCUUUAUGCAGAUGUCUAUUUUAAUUCUCCUAAUCUGGCGAUUCGGGGAACCUCCGCCGAAAUCGAGGUGAAACCAAAGUUCGAACUUUCUGAUGAUCUGAUUCAGCAUUACGAACAGGAGAAAAAGUUGCGAGGCACUGCUUAG